CAGUCUGGAUAUUCAGUUUUUUAGAGAGUUUUUUUUUCUUCCGAACUGGACUGCCGUUAUGUCGCCAAUUGCCCAAUAACCCGCCCCCAAUUCCCAGCUGCUAAUGUCUUCCCGACGAAAUCACCCCCUAGCGCCGGUGGCGUCGUCAGCUAGCAGCCAGAAGACGGCCGUCGUCGAGUCGGAGGACAUUUCCAGCGACAGGAACGAUUGGCAGCAGGCGCAUUACUACCACUUAUUUCCAGCGGCUCCUCGCUAUCCCGUCUCCGCCUACUGUCCCCCGAGAAGAAGCAGCGCGACGCCCGCCGAGCUGCCGAUUGCUGAGAACCGCUUCCGGGCUCCGGAACCCGCGAUUCGCCACACAUCUGGGCUUGGUGAGGUGUCUACUUGGGGCCUACGCGUCCCGAGUCGCACGACGCAUAUCAAGGGCACUGCUUGUGUCGUUGCGGCCAUUGCACUUGUUUUCAUUGUUGUGCUUGUGAUAGCACUUGUGUCGAAUAGAGAGAACCCAUAAGUAAUGAAAGAUGAGCCGCGAUAUAAUGGUACAAUUGCUGUUUAAGUCUUGACAAUGGCCAUCUACUAGACUUGAUUAGGUCGAAUAUCGAUGGUCAUAGGCAGUGCUUUGGGAAAUCGGCGAUAUGAAUGUUCAUAUGGAGAAGACACAAGGGGCGCCUGUGACAACUACAGCCUCCGAAAAUCACAGAUUACAAGUGAUCAAAGGACAGCUACAAUCAGCGGGACUGAUGUAAAC